UCAUCCAUAUAUGAAGAUUUAAAUCUGUUCAAUAUGACCCAACGGUUGGAAGCGCAAGGGGAAGAAGGCGAAUAUAAGUGGGAAGGCAGAUCUGACCUUGGUGAUAUUACAAAGAUAUCUGUACGAGGUGACUCUGAAGGCAUAAAGUUCAUCGGAUGCGAUUAUAUCAAGUAUGGCCAUCUUGCUUAUGGAUCAGUAUCUCCUAUAAACUUUCCAGGUUUCACUCAAACGUUUGAGAUCAACCAUCUAAAAGAUGAACAACUUUUAUCUGUUGACUGUUACUACAAUAGUGGGAUUCGAGGAAUUCAGUUCAAAACUAACUUGAGGAUUUCUGAGCUGAUAGGAUUUGUAGAAGAUUACAAUAAGUUUUCAGUAGUGGUGGAUGGAAAGAAGAUCAUUGGAUUUCAUGGAUCUAGUAACGUAAGCCUACUCAGCUCUCUUGGAGCAUACUUCACAUGGACUUCUCCAACUAGAUUGGAUGCGAUAGGAAUAUAUGGAGGCAAGGAGUGGGACGAUGGAGCAGACCAUGAAGGUCUUACAAAAAUAUAUGUACGAGGUGGUCCUGAAGGUAUACGAUACAUCAAGUUUGAUUAUGUCAAAGAUGGACAGCAUAUAUAUGGGCAAGCCCAUGGUAGCACAGGCGCAGGUUUCACACAGACGUUUGAUUUGAACCAUCUUGUAAAAGAAUAUUUGGUAUCUGUUGAGGGCUACUACGACGAUAGCAAGACCGGGGUCAUUCAAGGAAUUCAAUUCAAAAGUAACAUCCAAACUUCGGAUCUGAUGGGAUACGAUACGGGUAAGAAGUUUAAACUAGCAGCUAAUGGGAAGAAGAUCGUUGGGUUUCAUGGAUCUGCUGAGAAGAAUGUAAACUCUCUUGGAGCAUAUGUUACAACCUUCCCUAUUACUAAAUUGGAAUCCAAAGGUGAUACUAACAGAGGUGGACUUUGGGAUGAUGGUACCUUUGAGGGCGUAAGAAAGGUGUAUGUUGUUUAUGCUACUGCAUCGGAUUAUGGCUCUGUUUCUCGUGUCAUGUUAAAUUACGACAACACAGCCGUUAAGGCGCUUGGAGAAGAAGGGAAGUUUGAGGUCGACUAUCCAAAUGAACUCAUCACAUCUGUGGAGGGGACUUUCUACAUGGAGAGUACAAAAAAUAAGUGGGUUUCAUCGUUGACUUUCAGAACAUCAAAAGGGAGAACCUCUCCAACAUUUGGAAGAGCGACUAAUAGUAAAUUCAUGCUUGAGAGCAAAGGUUGUGCUCUUGUUGGUUUUCAUGGAAGGUCUACUAGUAAGCUUAGAGCUCUUGGAGCAUAUUUUUGUCUGAUGCCUCCUGAUCCUGAUGCGGAGAAACUAGAGGCAAGAGGUGGUGAUGGAGGAGCUUCUUGGGACGAUGGCAGUUUUGAUGGUAUUCAAAAGAUAUACAUAGGAAUUGGCGAUUUCAUUAAUGUUGCUUUCGUCAAGUUUCUAUACGACAAGGACUCUCAAUUGGUGGUCGGGGAUGAUCAUGGGAGCAAGAAAUUACCUGGAUUUGGAUAUGAAGAGUUUGAGUUGGGAAACAACCCAAGUGAAUACCUGAUAUCAGUCGAGGGUAGUUAUGAUCUAGUAGAUGGAGGUAAAUCCGAAGCUAUAGUCAUGCUUAGGUUCAAGACCAAUAUGCGAACCUCUCCAACUUUUGGAACGGAAGCAGGCACAAAUUUCAUACUCCAUAAGAAAAAUCACAAGAUUGUUGGAUUCCAUGGAAAAGCAAGUAUCAUGCUUCAUCAAAUUGGGGUCCAUGUCCUACCCAUUACAUAG